ACAGCCACAAUUCCGUUCCAUCUGAGGUUCACACCAGCGUCUUUGACUCCUCUCCUGCUCAAAAGUUUUUAUAGAGACGACGUGAUGCACCAAUUUCCUUUCUGUUUUAAAACCUAAACACUUCAAAGAGUUUUACUGGAGUGAAGAUGCGGACAUUGAGGGUUUCUCUGUGUGCUGCUGUGCUCGGCCUGUGCUGGAUUGUGAUACUUGUGAUUAAUGUUGAAUUAGUUGAUGCUGCAACUCAGUCCAACCAGAGGAGCAGGAACAUCCAGACGAGGAAAAAUAGCAACAUUCCCUCAAAAAGAGAAGAAUUACAUGAUGGACUUUCAGAGGAUACUCAAAUGGAUGAAGCCGGAAUGGAUGAUGUUGAAAAAGAAAAACCGAAGGGUAAAAAGAGUCCUGAGGAGGUAUUAGCUGCCAAGGCAAAGAAGGCAGCCGAGAAAGAAGCCAAAGCCAAGAAACCGAAACCGACAAAGAAACCCAAAGCCCCAAAACCAACAAAGAAACCAAAACCAACAAAGAAACCCAAAGCACCAAAGCCCACCAAGAAACCAAAGGGACUGAAGCCCACCACGACACCAAAGAGCAAAGAAACGUCAGUAACCAGAAAGCCAUCGAUGGUGGAAGAAGAAGAGAAGGCCAUAAUGUUUCCAACAGAAUCAUCAAAGAAGACUGAAAUAAAGAAGUCAGAUGAUGUAGACAUUCAGAGCAAGAAAGAAGACACGACACCUCCACUAAGCAAAGCACAUGACCCUGAUUACUGGGAUGCGAGAUAUGAAGUAACAGAGCCGGACCUCAUUCCUAAACCUGACAAAAAGCCCCCGGGUGGCAUUGAUGACCCAUCUAUAUACUUACCUAUCCCAGAGGAAACCAGCAGCUCCCCCCCAACAGUUGCCGCCUGGUAUGAAGAAUAUGAUUACCCCGACCUGGCUGCAAAGAAGUUGGAGGAGGAGAUGGAGAAAGAAAGAAAGGCCAGAGAGGAGAAGGCGGAAAAACUUCGGAAAAUGUGGGAAGAGGAAGAGGAGGAGAAGAAAAAGCAAACGCUUCCUCUGGCUGAGCCAAAGAAAUGUCCUCCUCUCGGUCUGGAAUCCCAUCGGGUGGAAGAUGAUCAGAUAAUGGCAUCUUCGUCAUCUCAUCAUGGAUUUUCAGCCCUAAGAGGACGUCUGAACAUGCAGAGUUCAGCGGAUGAGGAAGAUGUUUACGGUGGAGCGUGGUGUGCUGACACAGAGGAGAAGGAGCACUGGUUUCAGCUGGACGCCCGACGUGAGGUCGAGUUUACGGGAAUCAUCACACAGGGCAGAAACUCUGAGUCAAAUAAUGAUUUUGUUUCGUCAUACUAUGUGGGCUUCAGUAAUGACAGCCGUGAUUGGACGAUGCUUCAUGACGGUUAUGCCGAAUGGCUCUUUUAUGGGAAUGUGGAUAAGGAGACGCCUGUGAUGAACGAGUUCUCGUAUACCGUGGUGGCGCGUUACAUCCGUGUCUUCCCGCAGAGCUGGAACGGCAGCUUGUGUAUGAGAUUGGAGGUGCUUGGAUGCCAAGUACCCACGAGUUAUCUGACUGAGAACGACGUGCAGCCCACCGAUGACCUAGAUUACAGACAUCACAACUACAAAGAGAUGAGACAGAUGAUGAAGGUGAUAAACGAAGAAUGUCCCAACAUCACCAGAAUAUAUAACAUUGGCAAAAGCUCUCAAGGGCUGAAGAUGUACGCCAUGGAGAUCUCAGAUAACCCUGGGGAACAUGAAAGAGGUGAGCCAGAAUUUCGUUACACCGCAGGGCUUCAUGGGAAUGAGGUUCUGGGUCGGGAACUUUUGCUCCUCCUGAUGCAGUUCAUAUGUAAAGAAUACAACGAUGACAAUCCGCGAAUCCGACGCCUCGUGGAGGGAGUUCGCAUUCACCUUGUGCCGUCACUCAACCCUGAUGCCUACGAACUCGCCUAUGAAAUGGGCUCUGAAAUGGGAAACUGGGCUUUGGGCCAUUGGACAGAGGAAGGCUAUGACAUUUUCCAGAACUUCCCAGAUCUGAACAGUAUUCUGUGGGGUGCGGAGGACAGGGGAUGGGUGCCGCGGAUUAUUCCAAAUCACCAUAUUCCCAUUCCGGAGAAUUUCCUUAAUGGUUCUGUUGCUGUUGAAACCAAAGCCAUUAUCGGGUGGAUGGAGAGGACACCGUUUGUUCUGGGGGCAAACCUUCAGGGCGGGGAGAAGAUCGUCGUCUACCCCUUCGACAUGCAGCGUCCACCCCGGGCCGCAGGAGCCGAUGGCAGGGGGAGUCAACCGAGGCUGGAGUAUCACCAGAUGAAUGAAGAGACGUGGGCCAGGAUCCAACGUCAGAAUGAGGGCGCUCUGCGUGAGACCGCCGAUGAAAACCUCUUCCGCUGGUUGGCCAUGACGUACGCUCACAGUCAUCUCACCUUGACGGAGACCCAGCGUGGUUCUUGUCACACAGAUGACAUCACAGGCGGCCAGGGCAUCAUCAACCGUGCCAGCUGGAAACCUGUUGUGGGCAGCAUGAAUGACUUCAGCUAUUUGCACACAAACUGUUUCGAGAUCUCCAUCUUUCUGGGCUGUGAUAAAUUCCCUCACGAGUCUGAACUGGCGAUGGAGUGGGAAAACAAUCGAGAAGCUCUUCUGGCUUUUAUCGAACAGGUGCACCGUGGUAUAAAAGGGGUUGUGAGAGACAUAGAUGGAAAUCUUGUAGCAAAUGCAACAGUGUCUGUGGAGGGCAUCAAACAUGACGUCAAAACAGCUGCAACUGGUGACUACUGGAGACUUCUGAACCCAGGCGAGUAUCGUGUUACGGCGAGGGCAGACGGGUACUCUUCGCAGACUCGUCUUUGCAUUGUGGGCUACGACGCCAACGCAUCGCCCUGCAGCUUCACUUUAACCAAAUCCAACUGGGAUCGGAUUCGACAGAUCAUGGCUCAGACUGGGAAGAGGCCAAGGGUGGCCACCAGCAGCACGAGAGGCACAAACAGCCGUGUCAGUGUUAAAGGGAGUACAGGGUCCACCACGAGCCCCCAGAAUGAACGUCUGCGCCGACUACGUCUGAUGCGUCUGCGCAAGCUACGACUGGAGAGGAUGAAGGCCAGUACGACCACAGUGGCCACCACAACGACUACGACUACCACCCGUCCACCCACCACCACAACAACGUCCACAGAAGAGGCAACAACCUCGUGGUAUGAUUCGUGGUUCGGCGGGGACGGUGCCACCACUCAAGACUAUAACUUUGAGUACAGAAUCGAUGAUUAUUAGAAGUCAAUUGUGUUGAACUUAAGUGGUAUUUAGAUCGUACGUUUUUAGGCUGUCCAAUUACAGAACAAGCUUUCUGUGGUACAAAGUAUUACAGACAGGAAAAAAAUACUUAUUUAAUUCAAGGCAUUUUGUGUGAACGCUCAUAAGAAUGAGAUCAAAUAGAAAGAUGGAGCCAUUUAAAUUUUGAUAUGAGCUAUCCUCAUAUUACAUGCUUGUGUACAUCAAUAUUAUAAUGUGCACAUUUUUCUAAUAAAAGUCUUGAUGUCA